AGAGUUAUUAAACAUCUUUAACAAGUCCUAGCAAGUAUUAUAUGUCCAAUGCCUGACCACCUCCCUAUCUGAUCUUCCAUCUCAGUAACCUGUUUCAUUCUUUUUUCAUUAGUGUGUAUCACAAAUUUUCAUAACUCAUCUUCCCUUUAUUUUUAAUCACAGCUUUCAGGGAAUUCUAGUUGUUUUCCCAUAUAGACACACCACAUCUAGUUCCUGUUGUAUCUCAGGACAUUAUAUAUUUCCUUUUACAAAGAAUGAGCUGCAGUCUAAUUAGCCUUUGAAAGCAUUCUUUGUUUUCCAUCAUUGCACAAAGAUUUUGUAUUUAUUUAUCUUGUAAAUUCAAUCAACAUGAACAGCGUGUGCCCUGUGGAAUGAAACCCUGAUUAGGGUCUGCCACUGUGCAAUCAGAGUUUGUUUCCUGGAAUGUAUCAUUCACAUUUAAUUAUUAGAUGUUUUUCCUAUACAAAGGGAAUAGAAAUUGAGGGUAAAUUCUCCCAAAGAAAAAGAAGCUAAAUACUUCAGAACUUUGGAAGGAGAGCAAAGUUGUACUGUUCUGAGGAACUUGCCUCAGAAUUGAGUUCACCUCAAUAUCCCUCUUAUUUUUGGAUUCUGGGGAGUUUUGCAUUCAAUGAGAUGUGAGCUGGCCUUACCCAUUUCCAUUUUAGAAAUGCUGUUAUUUUCCAUAUAUUGUUCUAUGAACGUAGUGUCUUAAAAUAUUUAUGUUUUAUUAGCAUGUGAUUUUCUUUCACUUCUGCAAUUACCGCAACUCUAGAAACGGGAGAGAAGAGAACAGAGCAUUGAAUCCUGAGAUGUUAUAAUAUUGUUUGAGUACCACAGAGAACACAAGAGGAAGGAGUGACUAGAAGAGCUUGAGUAGUCUCGGGACUGACAUGUCAGAGAAGGCUAGGAAAAAGAAAGUUACCAAAAGCAGAUCAUAUGGCAAUUUUUCUUUGGUUCCAGAUUUUAUACUGAAAACUAAAGAGUGGAUUUAUUUAGAGGACACUAGUUGGCAAUGGUAACAUGAUUUAACAGAAAUCUUUAGUGAUGUUAAGUCAUCACUUGAAACAAAUCGUGAAAGGAGGAACAGUGUAUCAGGCAUCUGAUGGUUAGGUUCAUGUGUCAGCUUGGCCAUGUGAUGGUAUCCAGUUGUCUGGUCAAGCAAACACUGGUCUGUCUUUUGUUGCGAGGACAUUUCAUGGAUGUAAAUCAUCAAUACACUGAUGGCAUCUCUGGCUGAUUACAUCUGCAGUCUGCUAUGGGGAGUGUCUUCCCCAAUGAGAGAAGUUUACUUGAAUUAGUUGAUGGCUUUUCAUGGGGUGGUGAUAGGUUCAGCAGUCAGAAGAAAGAAUUUCCUCUCUUCUUCAGCAGGCCAGCCUCUCACUGGGGUAUUCGUCAAAGACCUUCAUCAGAGGGCCAACUUGCAGCCUGACCUGUGGAAUUUGGAAUCAUACAUCCCCACAGUUGCAUGGGACACUUAUUAAAUCUCAUACUAUUUACAGAUAUUUUUUGUUGGUUCUCUUUCCCUAGAGAACACUAAUACAUGGCAUACAAGAGGAAAUUGGUACAGAGAUACUUUGUUUCAAAAUAGAGAAGAAAAUGAGUUUAAGGGAUGAGGAGAUUGUGAUAAGAGGAGAGCUUGCUGGUAAAGAUUUCAAUUUUAAUAACAUGUUUCAGAAGAAAUGGGAGAAACAGGAAUUCAAUUGUGGACAGCUUAGUCAGAGGUAACUUGCCCUGUCAGUGAGAAAGAAUGUCUCUGAUGGUUGAGAGCGCUUUAAAGAUGAGACAUGGGUUACUAAUUCCUAUGUUUUAGAAUCAGGGAGGGAAUAAAAAUCUCUGAACACCAUGGGAUAAUUAACAGAUACAGGUCAAUGAUUUUCAUGUUCUUAUCUGUAAAAUGAAGGUAUUCAUAUCUUCAUUAUUUGCUACCUAAUGGGUAUGGAUGCAGGAAUGAUUAUAGAGAUUUAGUGCUAUAUUGAGGUGAUUUCUCAACAUACAUCACUCAUUAUUACAAUUUUAAUCCUAUUUGCUGAAAGAAAUUUGAAAUGCGAGAGUGAGAUUCAACAACUAUGGGACUUGAUGUAAAGCAAUAGCUCAGUAAUCUUCAGUGUCAGAUGCAGUAAUGGACAAUACAGGUAAUUAGAGUCACUUCCGAUGGGUGCAGAUCUGGUAAAUUCUCAGAUGCUUAUUCAUUGAUUAGAUAACUACAGGGACAUCAGAAACAUUGUACUCAGGAAGUAUAUGUGGGAAAUUAACUUCUAUCAGGAUUAAUAUGUGGAUUAAACUUUAAAAAUAAGUAAUUGUCCAUAUAUAUUUAAUACAACCAUUUUCUCUGGACUUCAGGUACAAAUUGAUAAGUUAAUCCUACCUCUGUUUAUAACACAUCAUUUGUCCAUGAAACACAUGUAAUUUUUAGUGAUGUUUCAGAGGAGAAUGUACAUCAUAGAUAUCUGUUCACGUAUAUAAAUAAUAAAAUGUGGGAUGUUGCAGCUUAUGAGGAUUAAUAUAGGAAAAGUUUUUUGCUACCACUUCACAAAAAUAUCAGGCCAACAAGAUUAUUUUCUCCCAAAUCUCCUCAUUCUAUAUCUUCCCAGUCUCCUAUGAGGAUUGUGGGACAUGAAAAUGACAUUAUAUACUUCUCCUAUUUUCUGAUGCAGGGGAAGGUCAUGAUUAGUUUUGCAUGAUGGGAACCAUUAAUCCCUCCAAAUCAACCAAGACUUCGAUUAGUUCAACCCUGUAAGUAAAUAUAUAAUGUCUUGGUUGAUAGCCAAAUCCAUCAGAGUAAGAUCUAGAACUCAAUUUUGUGGAAGUAACAUUGUUAUACAUCACAUGUGAAAGAACCAAGAUGAUUUACGAUAGCUAUACCCAGAAGGGCAGGUUCAGGUUAGAGAGGGGAGAGUCCAAGAACAGGGAUGGAUGUUGGAGAAUCAAUGGUAUAAAAUCAACUGAGCAUAGUUAUAUCUGAGAAAUUCCUGACUGCUUUCUCCAAUGGUUGAGAGCCAUUUAAAGAUGAGACAUGAGAUACUAAUUCCUAUGUUUUGGAAUCAGGCAGGGAAUAAAAAUCUCUGAACACCGUGGGAUAAUUAACAGAUACAGGUCAAUGAUUUUCAUGUUCUUACCUGUAAAAUGAAGGUAUUUGUAUCUUCAUUAUUUGCUACAGAAGCCAAGAUAUCCUAUGUCUUGUCCCUGGGAGGGGCAUCCCCCUACAUCUCUUGGAGCACAUUUCAUGUUCCUGUUGAUUGCGAUGGGUUUCCUCCUAGGUAAAGUGUUUGGGAUUCAUGAUAGGUGAGUCUGUGAACUGUGGUCAAGACUUGGGUCUGAAGGCUUUUAUCUCCUUUCUCAGCUUUAGUCAUGUACUACUUGUUUGAAUGUGACUGAAAUUCCAGAGGAAACAGUUGUCAGCUGAUUUAUUGACAAUGCAACCAUGGAGUUAAUGACCUUCAAAGAUGUAGCUGUAGACUUCACCCAGGAAGAGUGGGCUUUGCUAGAUGCAACACAGAGAAAGCUAUUCAGAGAAGUGACACUUGAGAAUAUCAAUCAUCUGAUUUCCUUGGGAUGUCAGGUCUGCAAAUCAGAUGUCCUUUCCCAGAUGGUACAAGGAGAGGAGGUGUGGAGAGGAAUAGGAUUUCUUCAAAACAGAAUUCUGGGCAGAAAAAGUGCCAGUAAAAUGCAAGAAAUGAUAUUCCUGCAACUUACCUGCAGAAAGAAGUCUAACCUCAUGCCAUUGCAGAGAUUGCACACUCAGAAGAAUUCCUUUCAAUGCAGUUAUUUGCAAGAAGAUUCUAUUCUCAGAUCCAUGAUGACUCAACAUGCAUUAUUUCCCAUGAAAAAGAGCCCAUAUUUAAGCAAACCACCAGGAAAACUCCUUGGUGACCACUCAUCUUUUAAUCAGCAUGAGCAGAUUCACACUGAAAGGAAAUCAUAUGAAAGCCAUCAAAAUGUUCAAGACAUUACUAAAAGCUCUGGCCACAGACCAUCCAAUGGAAAUCAAACUGGAGAUAAACCAUAUGAAUGCCUGUUAUAUGGGAAAAGUUUCAGUAGAUUUUUUCACUUUAGAGAACAUGAGAGAACUCACACUACAGAAAAACCCUGUGAAUGUGAUUUAUAUGAGAAAGCAGUCAGUGUGUAUUCAUAUCUUAGGAAACAUGAGAGAAGACACACUGAAGAGAAACCCUAUGAAUGCCAUCUAUGUGGGAAAACUUUCAGUCAACAUUCUUAUCUUAGAAAACAUGAGAGAAGACACACUGGAGAGAAACGCUAUGUAUGUAAUCUAUGUGGAAAAGCCUUCACUCGAUCUUCUACUCUUAGUCAACAUGAGAGAAAACACACUGGAGAGAAACCCUAUGAAUGCCAUACAUGUGGGAAAGCCUUCAUUUAUCAUUAUCAACUCAUACAACAUGAGAAAACGCACACUGGAGAGAAACUCUAUGGAUGCCAUACAUGUGGGAAAGUCUUCAUGCAUUGUUUUCAACUCAGACGACAUGAGAAAACUCAUACUGGAGAGAAACCCUAUGAAUGCAACACAUGUGGGAAAGCCUUCAUAAAUUAUUUUAAACUCAGACGACAUGAGAGAACUCACACUGGAGAGAAACCCUAUGAAUGCCAUACAUGUGGGAAAGCCUUCAGUGAAUAUGACUAUCUUAGACAACACGAGAGAACUCACACUGGAGAGAAACCCUAUGAAUGCCAUACAUGUGGGAAAGCCUUCAGUCACCAUUCUGCUCUCCGACAUCAUGAGAGAACUCACACUGGAGAGAAACCCUAUGAAUGCCAUACCUGUGGGAAAGCCUUCAUUCAAAGCUCUGCUCUCAGAUAUCAUGAGAGAACCCACACUGGAGAUAAACCUUAUGGAUGCAAUACCUGUGGGAAAGCCUUCAUUCAAUGCUCUUCUCUCAGAAAACAUGAGAGAACUCACACUGGAGAGAAACCCCAUGAAUGUCAUCUAUGUGGGAAAGCUUUCUCUCAGUAUUAUGGCCUCAUGAGACAUGAGAGAAAGCACAGUGCACAAAAGCCAUAGGAAUGCCAUCCAUGUGGAAAAUCUGAAUUUUCUAUUUUUUGACAUGGAGUUAUUCAAAUUUGAGAGAAACUAUAAGUGUCAUCAUUCUGAGAAAGCAUUCAGGCAGUAAUCUGACCUUAGAUGGAAAGAGAACUCAUAUUACAUACAUUUUUAGCAUAGAUGGGACUUUCAUCAUAACUUUAACUUUUAAACACACCAUAGAACUCACAUACUAAAGAAACACUUUGUAAUAAAUAUAGUAGGGACUUUAGCCUUUGUACUAUUUUAGUUUAUAUAAGGAAAUUAACACAGAGCAGAAUCUGUAUGUAGCAAAGUCCUUAGAUGGCCUGAUGAUAAAUCCUACGAGAGCACGUAAUAUAAAGUAAUGAAAGUGGAGAGGUCAUCAUUUACCACUCUGAUAAGAAAGGCAGAAAAAUUAACACAAGGAAUUCUCUAUAUGCAAUGUUUGAGUGCCUUAAUUUGUAAUUUAUUCAUUAAAGUAAAUGAGUGGACUCCAUAGGUAUGAAACACUAGGUUGUAAUUACUGUGCAGUAUUAUUCAGUGACACCCAAUGCUUGAUGUGCUUAAAAUUAACAUAGAAAUAAUCAUGAAAACAUAAAAGUGAAAAAGUCAUAAAAACAUGAGGAUGAAACCCUUUGGCAAAUAUCGAGAAAUUUUAUCGUGGACAAUGUAUUCAAUGUAAAAUCAGGGGAAGUCAUUUAAAUUUUGGGGAAGUCGUGGGCAUGAGUUAUGGUAUCUCUGUGAGGUAUACUGUUUGAGGGGAUUGGGGAAAUUAUUGGAUAUUUGGUGACUGUUAUGGAAAUAGAAAUGGUAUAUGCAUGGGGAUAGGAAUAUGUGAAGCUUGUGAUUUGGGGUAAAUGCAUAUGCUUCUGUGGUUACUUCUAGGGGAUCAGUGGUGGGCAUUUUUGGGGUCAGUAAUUAAAUAUCUGCAUAGUAGGAAUAGAUGUGUUUGCUUUGUUUUCUAUCUUACAGUGAACAAUACUUCAUAUCGAUAAGCACAAUACUUAUCAGUGGGUGGGAGGAUCCUGUGCACAGUAGUUCACUAAGUCAAACAGAGGUCCAGGAAUUUCCCGUUUCCCCUUUCUAAUGGCUCAUUAGGGAGUACCAGAACACACUGAAAUAAUCAAAGAGAUGAUGGAUUCCAGAAUCCAUGGGGCCCAAAGGCCAUGCCAUCAUGAUGGCCCAGAUGUGGGAAUCCAGUCCUUGACUUUGAUUUUUGUAAAAAUUAUGUUCCAGAGCAUGAACAUAUGAAAACUUUUAGCUGAUUUCAUAACUUUAAAGAUUGGUGCAUUUUUCCUACUAAAAUUGUGUAAAAUUUCUCUUCUUAAUAUAAGCCUUAUAUUUUAUGUAAUUUUAAGACAUUGUUUUAUCUUAGAGAACAAGAAAAAGUUGUUUUUUCACCACUUCCAUAUUAUGUAGACAUAAUGGUAGAUUAUGUAGUGCAGUAAGUCAAAGAGUGGAAAGAAAAAGAAAAUGGGGAAAAAUGAAACUGUUUACAGAUAACAUGUUUGGUUAUAUAGAAGCCAUUAAUAAGCUGCAAAAAGAUAUUAGUGUUCCCUUCUGCUUCCGACUGCAGCCUCUGAGCCUUGCAUGUGUGACAAUAACAUGUCAACCCCACCACCUGCUAUUGUGCCCACUGCCCUCAAGGCCACCUCAGUGGUUAUUUUUCUUCAUGAAUUGGGAGACAUAGGGCAUGGAUGGGCAGAAGCCUUUGCAGGUUUCAGAAGUUCACAUAUCAAAUAUGUCUGCCCACAUACGCGAGUUAUGCCUGUUACAUUAAAUAUGAAUAUGGGUAUGCCUUAUCGGUUUGAUAUUACUGGGCUUUUGCCCAGUUCACAGGAAGAUGACCCUGGAAUCAAGCAGACAGCAGAAAUCAUCAAAUGUAUGAUAGGCCAAGAGGUGAAGAAUGGAAUUCCUUCUAACAGGAUUAUUUUGGGAGGAUUUUCCCAGAGAGGAGCUUUAUCUUUGCAUACUGCUCUCACCACAUAGCAGAAACUGGCAGGUGUCAUUGCACUCAGUUGCUGGCUUCCACUUUGGGAUUUGUUUCCACAGGGUCCUAUCACUGGCACUAAUAAAGAUAUGUCUAUCCUCCAGUGCCAUGGAGAUUGCCACCUUUUAGUUCCCCUAAUGUUUGGUUCUCUUACUACUGAAAAGCUAAAAACAUUGGUAAAUCCAGCCAAUGUAACCUUCAAAACCUAUGGGGGCUUGAUACACAGUUCAAGCAAUUCAUUGAUAAAGUCAUACCAUCAGUUGACUGACAUCACUAAGAGGCCUUGGGAAGAAGUACACCAGCAUAAUUGUAGUAUAGUAGAAACUUUUAAAUGUGCCCAAUCCUGAAACUUCUUGUGUGCAGUGUUAGAAUGUUUUGCAAAUACGUAUCAAUGACACAAACAAAAUAAUGUCUCCUCAUGGGAAAUGUAUGUUCUUUUAAGUUUCUAUUCAUGUAUUUGUAUAAUGUGAUCCCAGAGUAAUACUAGUAUUAAAAUAGGUGAGGCAGCUGGCUUCUUUUUCCCAAAUGUAAUUCAGAAAAAUAAUGAAGUACUACAACCAGAAUUUUUAUUACAUCAUUUGGAAAUUAUUAGUAUGCUUAAAGAAACUUUGUUCAGGUAAAAAUGAGUAAUUAAGAUAUAAAUGAUUUAAGCUGGCCAUAACUUAGACUAUGGAUUUAUUCCAAAAUUGCCUAGUCACCAUUACAGUGGCUGUAUUUUUAUGUAUUCGUAUAUGCAUAAUAAUUGUAAUACAAAAUAAGAUGGUAUUGAUAUACAUCAAAAUGGUAAUACAAAAUGAGAUGGUAUUAUAUAAUUCCUAAUAAUAGGGAUAAUACCUUUAAGUGUUAAUGAAAGAGUGUUAUUGCUCUCCUCAAUUAAUGGCCCUUUUAUUUGGGGGACCAGACUUUUUUUUCUAUCACUUCCAUUUAAUACUCUUCUCCUUUAUAGAAAAGAUACAUGUUCUUCCUUUAUUAUCCUUCAUAGGAGACCAAAUAUUGCUUCCCUGCCAUAGACAUCAGGUGUUAAUAAAUGCUAUAAUUUGACAUUCUGAAUCACAGACAUAUGGUAUUUAUGAUGUAUUUAUACUUAUAAUGAAACCAGACAUCACUUAAAACCUCUGCAUUUCUUAUUUCAUUUCACCUGUUUCUUACUCCAAAUUUAGACUUAUUUAGUUAUUAGAAUCUUUAGUUCAGGGAACAGAAUAGUUCUGUGAUUUUAAUUUUCUGUAAUCAACUGGAAGAAUGAUUAGAUCAUACUUUAGUAUGUUCUAAAAUAUUUAAGACUUGAUGUUAAAAAUUGUAAUUUCUAAGGUGAUUUGAUCUAAGAUGAUUCUCCUUCUUAGCCUAGAGUUUAAUUUUACUUAUUUUGUGCAUGGUUGAAACCAGCUACUGGAAAAUUAGAAUCCAUCAGAAAUUUUGCUUUAUUUUUAUCUGCCAAUGAAUGUCUUUGAAAUUUUGAUUUUAAUCAAAUGAUAUUUUAGUUUUUGGGCAAACAUAAAAAUAACAAUCCUUUGAUUUUAUAUAGUCAAUAUUUUCAGAUUACUGUUAAAAAUUAUUUGAAAACAAAUUUCUGGGUAAUAAAGGGUAGUCAGAACUUGAUGCAUGUGGUAUAAUUACCACAUGGUUUAAUAUUUAAUUGAAGUAUAUGCUUGGUAUUUUGAAUUAUUAAUUUUGGGGCUGUACUCCAACUGGUAAAACAAUGAUGGGAUUGCAUCUGUGUAAAUGGGUGCUAAUUGAUAAUGAAAAUAAUUUGGCAGUGUACAAUUAUUACCAUUGUAUAUACAAAAAUUCUGUAACAAUAUAGAAUGUUAAUAAUUAAGCCAUAUGUUUGUCUGUAUUUAAAACUUUUAAACAAUCAUUUACAAAUGCAUUGUCUUUUAUUUUGAAGAAUAUUAACAGUUAUAUUCAGUUAUACAAAUCAACAUCUUGUUUACGGUAAGAUCUUAUUCUGUUGACAAGUGUUGCUGUAGUGGGGGAAAAUGUAAAUCUUUUUCACAGUUUGUAUCAAUGUGAAAAUUAAUUUUGAAAAAAUAAGGAUGAGACCAUUAAUUUUAGGAAUGUCACAGGGUCUGAAGUAAAAAUAAAAUAUAAUUU